GUGGCCGAGAUGUCGCACUUGCAGGCGUUGCGGCGCGUGGUCGCUCUCAAGCUCGCCAGGCCGCUGAACCAGAAUGAGCGCAACCAGAUUGACCUGGGCAACAACGGCGUGGCCGCCAUGCUCGCGCCGGGCGGCGACAAGACGAAGCAGGAGCACGCAGAGACGAACGCAGAGGAGGAGCGCCAGGCCAAGCAGGCUGAGGAGGAGCGCCAGGCCAAGAAGGCGGAGGAGGAGGAACGCCUGACCAAGCAGGCUGAGGAGGAGCGCCUGGCCAAGAAGGCUGAGGAGGAGCGCCAGGCCAAGAAGGCUGAGGAGGAGGAACGCCUGGCCAAGCAGGCUGAGGAGGAGCGCCAGGCCAAGCAGGAAGAGGAUGAGCGCCUGGCCAAGCAGGCUGAGGAGGAGCGCCCGGCCAAGCAGGCUGAGGAGGAGCGCAAGGCCAAGCAGGCUGAGGAUGAGGAGCGCCAGGCCAAGCAGGCUGAGGAGGAGAAGCGCCAGGCCAAGCAGGGCUGA